CGUUGGCACUGCCGGGGAAACGAGCAGCGGAGAGAUACAGGAGAACAGUGCCCGCUGGUAGGACCGUGUUAUCCCAAUGAUUAAAUCAUGUGACGGAUUAAAGAAGCCUUUCUAUCAUUAUGAAGUCGGAUUUUCUGAAGAGGUAGCUGAUAGCCUGCAGGCUCCUGACAGGAGGAAUGGUCAGAAGAGGUUAUCCCUUGGGAUCAUCAUGUACUGUCCGAUGCUGACUGACAAGAAAAAGCUCUGGUAGCCCGAGGAGGAUCGUCUACCCUAACUUUUCCUCCUCCUGGGAUCAAUGACCGGACCCAACUCCCCGAGCCGGACCGGCACCUCCCCGGCCAAGCUGAGCAGGCACGGACGGUCCAAGAGCACCAGCUCGCACUGCCUCCUCCGCUGCAGCACCCAAGAGGAGUCUUCUGCGUCUCCCCCUAACAACAGUUCCCGAUCCCCUGCCGAGGAAGAGGAGAAGGAUGGAGGGGUUCUCUUCUAUGUUAACCGGACCGGUUUUCCCAUCGAAAGCGUCACCUGGGAGAGGAUGUGGUCCCAUGUGGCUGCUGUGCAUCCCGAGGGCCAGGAGAUGGUGGACAGGAUACGAAAUGCUGCAUACCUUCCCAAGCAUCCUAUUCCCUCAGUUCCGACCUUCAAACCGUCCAUGUCGGUCCCAGACUGGCUCGUUGCCAUCCAGAACUACAUGAAGGCUCUGCAAUACAACCACACAGGAACCCAGUUCUUUGAAAUCAAGAAGAGCCGUCCUCUGUGUGGGUUAAUGGAGACAGCAAGAGAGAUGAUCAGGGAGUCUUUGCCAAUCAAAUGCCUCGAAGCCGUCAUCUUGGGAAUCUACCUGACCAAUGGACUGACGUCUCUCGAGCGUUUCCCCAUCAGCUUUAAGACCCAGUUUUCAGGUCACUGCUUCCACCAUGUUGUGCUGGGCGUCUACUGCAACGGUCGCUAUGGAUCGCUGGGUAUGAGCCGCCGCCAGGACCUGAUGGACAAACCGCUGACCCACCGCACACUGGGAGAACUGGUGGCUGAGUUUGAGAGCUCCUACAAGAGAUACCAGCACACUCUUAAGAAGGUGAAGAUCGGCCUUUACGUGCCUCAUGAUCCCCACGUCUUCCAGCCAAUUGAGUGGAAGCAUUUGGUGCUAAAUGCUGCCCGACUGGGAGCUCAGGAGAUGAGGAAGGAGCUGGAGAAGCAUGGCCGGGACAUGAGGAUGAAGAUCCUAAAAUCAUCCAGCGCCCAGUCACCAAUCAAGGAGCGGAGCCGAGGGAAGUCCUUAUCACCAAGGCGACGACAGACCAGUCCCCAGCGGCGCUUCACACACCGCAGAGACAAAUCGCCGGCCUCAGUGGAGAGAAAACCUCCAGAGCUCAGCACUCUCAAUGACGGUUACCAGAUCCGCAUCUGAAUCCCUCCAUUCACCGACAAGUCAUCAUCAGCCGUUCCACAUCCGUCCAGACCCCUCGACCACCCCGAUCCAAGAGUCUCUACCUGCCACCAGUGUUUCUAAGAGAGCAGUCACUGCAGCUGGAGCAGCACAGUUGGAUUUUCCACAGCGGAUGGUGAACACUCAAAUAUAUAUUAAACAAACUUGAACAGGAGAAACUUCAUUGUCGCUGAAACUCACCAAGGAAGGCGAUAGUUCUUGUCUUAAUAUUUCAGUGUUUGCUCAUUUAGCAGCAAUGAAUCUUUGACAACAUCCUCGUCAUCACACACAGCCUGACAGUGGCUGCUCUUUUCUAUCACAUCAACACAUUUCAGUCAUGUAGCUGCUCAGAGAAUCAGCGCAGAAUUGAAUCAGUUUGUUUAAGAUUUCCAACAUUUCAAUCAACUUCAGUGUAUUAAAGAAGAGCUAGAACAAGAAGUUCUCAAUCCAAACAGUUUAAAGUAUGAGUGGUUAAUGAGACAAAUCACCAUGUUGGAAGAAUCACAACAAUAAAGCGGAGGAUUCUCUUUAAACAAAACUCAACCUAAAAUGCAUUCAUUUAUUGGUUGUUUUGGCAUCUUACCUUAUAGUGAUACCACUUCUAUAGCACAAAUCCACAUUUUAAGUAGUUAUAUUUUGGCAGGGAUGGAGGUUUGUGAUGACUUUACAGUUUUGACAGUUUGUUGUCAGUUUUCCAACAUGGUGGGGAGGAAAAGCAGACGUGAGAUGACAAAGAAGCAGGAAAUACACAGGAGAUACAAGCACCCAUUAUAAAUUAAUUUAAACUACGGCUUCAUCUUUAAGAAUAACAGAAUGUCCUGACAGCUGCUCUGCUAGCGACUUAGUGGUGCUGUACAGUGAAAGUAAUCAAAGUCAUAUUUCCCUUCCACUGUGGCUUCUCCUGAACCCUUGUGAACCAGCAGCAGUUUAAAUAAGAUGACUAAGUAGACUUCCGUUUGCAGAUUUUAUUGAUCACGGUGGACGAGUUUAGAAUAAAGAGAGGACGCUCAAUAAAGUAUGCGGGGAAAUCAAAGAUGCAGAGUCAAUGGAGAAGAAAGAGAGGAUAAAAGGAAGCAGGACGAGGAGGAAAGACGUGAGAAGCGAGGGAGCGAUACAGAGAGGAUUCACUGCAGAAGAUAGGAUGAUGAUUAGAGCACUGCGGCAAACCUCCUGUCCCCUCUUCCUCUCAGAUCCCCUCUUCUCCUCCUCUGCCCUCUGUUGACACAUAACUGCAUACAUAACUACAGCAGUGUUUCUAUUGAAGGGCAGUGAGCAUCAGGAACGAACACGUCAUAGAAAAAAUUGAAAGGCUCAAUAUCAAACACAGACUAGAGGUAGUUAAAAGACCCAGUAUUGUAUGCCAAAAAGACAGAAAGCCUCUUGUAAAAGGGCAGGUUUUUCUGUCUGAUGUUUCUGUCGGCAUCACUGCUAUUUUAGCAAAGCGAUUUUUCUUGUUAUUUAUGGUGCAGCUGCAAGAAGGAAAACAUCUGUCGUUGGAUGGAGAUGUGGCUGCAGGACCUUUUUUUCAAGUGCAGUAAUCACACUUUAUUAAAAAUAGCUAUCAAUGUUGGUAAAGUUCCACAAACCAUCUACACAUAUGGUUCCUGCCCCGUGGCUCAAGAUUGAAGUUGGGAGAAAGAGUAUUUAAAAUUACGUGAAGUAAGUAUUGCUCAUUGUUGCUUUUGUCUUGUGCAGUUCUAGAGGCUUUCACUUUCCAGGUCCACAAAUCCCAACUUUUGUUUUUUUGGGGGCCUGAAGCCUCAUGUAUUACGCAAAAAAAUGCAGAAAUUGUGGAAAAGUCAGGAAAAAACACAAUUUUGUGUACAGAUUUUUCCUCUUUCUCAUCCUCUUCGAUUUUUUCUUGGGACUCCCUUUAAGUUUCUAAGUGUGACAAUGAACGACAAGACAGUUAAAAUGAAUAUUAUAGGCUUAAGAGAACUCUGCAGGCAAACGCAUCCUGUUCCGAUCUCACAUGGAAAAUAAUAGUUUCCUUAAUCCCAAUCCAGAAUUCAACCUUGAGCAUUUCCAAAACCGGCUAGCAGAAGCCCGGUGGAGUUCUGUAUGUGCUGACCAAGCUCAGCUGUAGCCAUCCCAUGAGUUCACACAGUGAACUAACUUGCUGUCAGCAGACUGGCUGCUGCAAUCACAGCUGUUCCACCAACAGCUGGAAAAUAAAAAGAUUCAGCUGGUCCAAGAUCAGCUUCAGCCACGUUGUACAAUCAGACAAACACUCAGUAACAAAAGCCUCCUUCAUGACAGACACAGUGGAGUAACAGUCUGUGCAGCCUCUCAGCAGAUAGAAAAGACAGUCAGGCAGCUGGGUCAGGACCAUUUGAGAGAUUUGGUCACAAAAUUGUGAAGAUAAUUUUAAAAUAUGUCAUGUUUUAGUCACAGUAAUUGCUAUUUGGUUAAAUUUCUGCUCAGUGCAGCAAAUAAGAAUUUCAAAAUCAGAAAAGUUCUCAGAGCAGAUGAAUCGUCUUUGUGAAGCCAAGUGACCAGUAGGAGCUCCUUCAGUACUGUAUGCACUGUUUCACGCUCAUGUGUGUGAUGCAUCAUAAGGAUGGUCCAAAAAUAGCCAAUCAAAUCUGAUUGUUUUUUGGAUUUUCCUGCCGAGGCCUUCAGUAAAUCAACACUAUGAAGCUUGAAAUCAAAGAAGCUUGAAAUCUCACAUCACACACGUCCAGUACGACAUCCAUAGUUGAAUGAAAAACAAAACACACACAAAGGUAGAAUAUCACAUAUCAAAACCUGAUGUUUAACUGUAUUCAGCUCACUUCUCAUAGAGACAUUGUUACAUAUGUCUGUGCUUAGAUACAGCACACCUUUAUGUUCAUUUACAAACACCUAUGUUUAUUCAUGUUUGUUACAUCCACAGAAUGUACAGUACGGGUUUAAGCCUUAAUGCUGAGAACUCUACAAGUCAGUUUUAAGCAACUAAAGAGAUAUUUAUAAGUACAAGAAUAUUUUUCUGUCACCAGCCCCAUACCAGUGGAUAUAAAGGGUUAAAAUACAGAUUUUCAUGUAGAUUAAACUCACAGUGUCUUGGUUUGGCUGCUUAGAACUAUAGAUGAUUGAUUGUCUGCCUUUCGGAUACCUGAAAACACAACAACUGACUUCUACGGUUUUCAACUAAAGGUUUAACUGGGGCUACAUCCACACUAGUAUGAUCUCCAUCUCUAUCAUUUCAGAAGCUUAAACAGGAUGGGUACCACUUCUUUGAAUUUCCAUUUCUGCAAAUCCAGACUGAAAUGCAACCCCAGAGUCUUCAAACCAACAAUCUCUAUCUUAAGUGUCAUAAAACCCAGGAAUCAUGUAGACGCAGCACCAGUUAUGCAUUUUAAAACUGAAAUGUACGAGUGUGGAUGUAGCCUACAAAUGGUGUUUCCCAAAAGAAUCGAAGCAUGAAAAGGAUCUUUGUUUGAUUAGGCUGCACCAGAAAAUGCACGUUUUUGGCGACCCAAAAUGGCAAUGAAAGAUUACACGUAAACCACCCAGAAGUCACUGAAACCCCUGCCAUUGUGCUUGUAAAGAUACUCUGUGAAGGUUUUACCAACUGGCAGCACUGUGGAGCAACAUGUUUAGAAGUAGUCCGAGCUUUGUUUGUAAUGUUUGAUGAUGGAAAAAUCAUUUCAACACAUUCAUAAGGCCUUAAGGAUACACACCGUGUGUUUUGGUGAUGAAUAGUGCAGAAAAAGAAAAUGAAAAUCACAGGAUACAGGAUAAUUUUCUGCUGCUACUUUGUGAUGAACCUGGUGCUGCUUUAAAGGUCCAGUGUUUAGGACAUUAUUGGGUGCAGUGGUGAGGUUGUAGAUUGUGAUCAGGCCAUCGCCUCGCUUUUAACGUCUAAGCAUGCCACUAAAGUGGGUGCUAAAAAAGCAAAAGGCUGUCUCUAGAGUUGAUGUUUUAUUUGUCCAUUCUGUGCUUCUGUAGAAACAUGGCCUUGCAACACAAUGGACCGUCUCCCUCUGUAGAUAUAAAGGGCUCAUUCUAAGUUAUCCAAAACGGUGAUUCUUCUUGACACUCAUGGAAACAUAUUUUUAGUUUCUACACCUAAAUCCUACAAACUGGACCUUUAAGUGUAUAUCUAAUGAAGCAAAGAUGAUCUUAAAAGCCUGUAAAAGUUUGGGAAAACACCAGUGUGUUUUUUUUGUUGUUGUUAUUUUGGUUGUGUCAGCAAAAGAUUUUCAGAAGUAUGUUUCUAGAUCUUUUCAUUUGAUUGUUUCAUAUCUUUUCUUUGAAUGUUUCACAAAGUCCUCUCAAUCACACAAGUGAGUUUCGUUGCCAACUGAAAACUACACAUUUUAUCCUAGCUUUUUGUUUCAACAAUAAGCUAUGCACGCGCUGUGUUUUAGAGAGGAGGUUACAGCAAAAAACAGAAAUCCUAGUCUUCCACAAUUCAAAUGUUGUAGGAGAAAGGUGUUUGUGGCUCGAUCUACAUAACAACAAAUCACAUUUUUAACCGUCCGUACAGAAAAAUCAUUUAGAAUGAUUCUACUCGCCAAGUAAAACCACAAAACCACAACCUGCAGCUUUCUCUCUGUGUAGAUCCAGCCUGAGCCAUUAUCACAGAUUCAAGGUACUGUGAGCAAAGUGGAAUAUUUUUACAUAUUUCUGAUGUUUGGCCAGCGGUGGACAAGCACAGCCCAGAGACAGAGAUCUGACCGUCACAUCUCCACCUCUGGAACAAACCAGCGUGUUCAUAUUUGUACUGACGGUUGUGUGUCGAUGCUUUCUAAAGGCUUGAUGUUUGUUCGCAUACAGAAGAAGCACAAAGCUGCUUUUGCUUUUUGAGUAUUCCUUCUGUUCCACAGCAGAGUUUGGUACAAGCAGACAAAAAAAUGAGGCUUUUUCCAAGCAAAGAACCACAUAUCUCGGAGUGCGUUUUUCGGGAACGUUUAUUUUCAGACUGAUCUUGUAUCUUGCUCUUGUACUUUUGGAACAAACUGAGGAUCAACACGUUCGAAGGGCCUAAGUUCGCUCUGACUGGGAGGACAUGGGACUCAAAGUCAGACAUUGAAGCUGCAGUUUUGGGUUUCACCCAACAACAGUUAUAAACUACCUGACUGCUCAGCAGGGACACAAACUGUCACGUUACCGGAGUCACAAAUGGCAACAAAGCAGCCUGAAGCAGUGAUGCUCGAUGUAGCAGCUGAGAUCUGUUAUUCUGUCAGUUUGCAAUAGAGAAUUCUGUGCUUGACAGUUUUUCUUACUGAAUGUUUUGGGGCUUUUUUUGAUGACUUUUUGUGUUUGACUGAAAUCUGUUUUAUCAAGAGUUUGAUUCUUCGAUUGUACACUAUGAUUUUGAAUGAGGAGCAUUUGUUUAAAAAAAAACGAAAAAGUGACACCUUGUUCUUGUAUCAGGUGUUCUUUUUGAAGGCCUUUGAUUUGUUCUAAGUGCUGAUACCAUGUUUCUCAACUCUCUUAGUCUGAAACUUACUCUACUGCAGUGGUUCUCAGACUCGCUCAUUUUCCUCCUUUGAAGCUGAAAACAGUCGGUGUCGUUUUUGUGAAUCACUUAGCCAAUCAAGUAACUGAUAAAAACACAGCCAGCACCACAGGACCACUGCUGUAUUGUAAAAUGACCUGUUGCAUUUUCUUAAACUUAGGUUUUGAUCACACUGCUUUUACCGUUCAAACACAUUGGACGCAAAUUUGACGAUACAAAGACCUGAAUUCUCUGCUGUGACGUGCCGAAGACUCAUUUUUGAAGCAGAGAUGUCGGUAAUCUGACUUCUGUUACCUUUUUUUAUUUACCCUAAAGCUGACAAGGACUUAUCAAAGGUGAAACAACGUCACGGCUGCUUAUUUCACCAAAACACAUACAUUUAAAUACAGUAGUAUCAUUUUCAGAGCAAAAUGUCCAAACAAUAUUGAAAACAGAAGAAUUUGAUGGAAAUGAGAAAGUGUUCAUUUGACCAGUGCCUCAGCAGUGUCUGUUUAAUCAGAUAAGAUAUAGAUCUGCUUAAUUUACAUCUUUGCUGUGAAUUUGUAACACUUGCCCAUGUGCUUUGUGCAAAAAAAAGGUGACAUCCUCGCUCACUACAGUUAUUCCCUUCUUGUUUGGAUCACUAGUUUGGUUCUUUUUUUGACUUGUUUCUCAAAGUGAUUUCCUUCUUAUGAACUAUUUACUUCAUGUUGCGAAGAACAAAGGGACAGCCAGCCUUCUUUCAAACUUGUGAGUCCGAUGUGAGCAAAAAUUCAAGUGUGUGUGCGUGAUUCGAACCUCAAACCACUGUAACAGUAUUCAGCCAGCAUCUAGAUUUGAUCGAACAGCUCAGCGGACUGACCGGAGCCGAUGGAUGGAGCUGAUGAACCCUCUGUGAUGACUUUAGUAACCUCGCAGAGCACACACACACACACACACACACACACACACACACACACACACACACACACACACACACACACACACACACACACACACACACACACACACACACACACACACACACACACACACACACUCUGUUACUGUUGCUAGUGUUUUUAUCAAGCGCUGUUGAGUCUGUUCAGAUUUCCUGUGUGAAUAUGCAGCGUGGUUUUUGUAUUCUGUGGAGAUCAAUAGUAGGAGAAAAUGUGAGCCCUGGUGAUUAUUGUAACUCUCCUGCUGUUGCCGUGUAAAUGGUCUGAUAGCAGCUGUUUUUAUCAACGACUGUAGCAGCAUGUGUUCUUUUAUUAAAUAAUCUAUGUUUUUAAA